CAUUUAGGCUGCUUAGAAGGAUGAGUGGAGGUUCUAAUAAAGAUCUGGAUAAAAASUAUGGCAAGCUCCUUUGAAAGAAUCCAUGGCCAUCUCUCCUGACUCAACGGUAUCUUCCCUUCUAGCAAGCUGCAGCAUUGACAGUGAUAAUUCAUACUCAGGCAGUGUGAUUCACUAUAAGGACAAGCUUUACAGCUCUGCAUCUGAGGCUCUGGAGGCAUAUAUUGAAGAUUUUGAUCUAAGUCUCACAUCCUCUGAAAUAACCACUGGAAAAAUCUGCAUAAAUCAAAGCACACCCAAGCAUCCUCAUUUUUCAAAACACUGCACCAAAAAAAGACAUGUUACGUCUUCUACAACCCUGGAGGACCUCAGUGGGCGUGCAGGAUUGGCUGCUAGGGCGUCAGCAUGUCGAAGGAGGGCCGAGCGUGACCUGGACUCCAUCAGCGUCACAACAGAUGAACUGUUAACAUUCCCACCAGAUGGAUCUCAGCCCUUUGUCCAGCACAGUCCUUUUAAAUCAAGGCGUCAAAAUAGUGGAUGGAAUAGGCAGUCCAUUAAAAACUCAACUUUCUACCCACACCACACCUCAUCCUUUGAUACUGUAAAGGAAUUCUGUCUCCAAGACAAUGACAAAGCUGUUGCUAAUCAGAAGCUACACACAAACUUCAGCAGAAAGAAGCACAGCACAUGUGCAUCUCAUAGGUACAGUUUGGUCUCUUCGAAAAAAAAUCCAAGAACUUUCUCUUUUGAAGAGAACUCUAGUACUUUUCCUGGAAAGAAUUACCCAAGGUGGCUUACCAGUGGGAAGUCCAACUUAAGUGUGUCAGAGAUAAGUAGCAUUCCAAAUUCUCACUACCCAGUCUGGCUUAGCAGUCCUAAGCUUUUUUCUGAUUCAGCUAAUGAAAGCCGUGGACCAACUUUUAAUACACAAUGUGAAACCUCUUCACACCAUUCGGAGAUGCUGAACCAGAGGUGCUCCACGGAUAAAGAGGGCUCUAAUGGGUUUUUUGAACACAGUGGUUGUCUGGAUCUAACAGGUGAUAACGAAGUAGCAGAAAGUUGCAGCUGUGGCAGUCCAGACUCCUGCUUCCAAUUUGGUAACUCCUUUUCAAGACACACAAAACAGCCAUUCAGAGAAGACCAACUCGAGCUACUAGUCUUGAAGGCAGAGAAAUCUCUGGAGACUUCAACUGAUGAUUUGUCAAAUGCCCUGAAAAAUGAUGAUAGUCCGUCUACAAUAGAUAUACUGGAAGCAGAAAGAUCAUGGGAAAAUAUUCCAGUUGCUUUCAAAUCACCCAGGCCUGURUGCACUGAGGACGAGGAGGAUAUUCUGCAGUUCUCCAAGGCAACUAUCGUUCAUGAAUUCCUAGAAGACUGUAUAAAAAACAAAAAUAAGAUUUCCGAAAAAGUAGGUGCUGAAUCAGAACUGUGCAACAGUGAGAUGAUCCCUGUUACUAAUUCUCUUCAGAAGGCCUUGCACCAUUUGUCUCGUCUUAAAAGCCUUGUUGAAGAUAUCAGUAACAAGCAGAAGCAGACUGAUGAUCACAAGGAAGAUAAACAUGACGAAAAAAAUGAUUAAUCUGUGAAACUAAUAUCUGAGAACCUUUACAUAUUGUGUAACAAAUAAUCUGGUGGCCUAUUCUUUGGUCUGAAUCUUUUUUGGAAGCUGCUCACAUUCUCAGAAAGAAUUACUCAGUAUUCAGUACAUUUUCAUUAUUGUGUGUGUGCACCACUUCAAAACUGAAUUACUCAUGUUUCCAGUAGGAUCUAACAACAUGUGUAGAGACAGCUUUUUAAAGAAUAUUUUACUAAAAUAAUAUGAAUGUGUUCAUGGAGGAAUCUCCAUGGCUUUGUAAAAAUAAAAAC